AUGUUUUGGGCAGAAGCCCUACGAUCGCUUUUUCAGCUUUUCAACAGUGGAAUGUCAUCGUCAACAACAACAAAAGACGAUCAACAACAAUUGUUAAAUGGAAAUGGUCAAAAUAAUGAAAGUAUUUUACAUGUCAAGUUUCUAUUACCAGGUGCAACGACAGGAUCUGUGAUUGGAAAAGGUGGAGAAAGAAUCGCUAAGCGUGUCUGUCUAGUAAUUGGCUCAAUACCAAGCGUUCUCUCUGUAUAUGACUUUGUGGGUGACAAAAUUAAAGAAAGUUUCCCAGAUGUAUUAAGAAGUCGUCAGAUAAAACUUGUAAUUCCAAACGCCACGGCGGGUGUUAUUAUUGGAAAAGGAGGACAAACAAUUGAAAAUAUAAAGCAAGAUACAGGAGCAUCGUUGAAUAUAACACCGAAAUGUGAUAUGGCUGAAAGAGUUAUGACUAUUAUUGGUGAUGAUAUAACUCGUCGUAAAACAUUAGAAGUUGUUUUGUCAAAAAUAUUACAAGAUCCUCAUCAUGAUAGUGUGCCAAGUGUUAAUUAUUCUUCAGCAUUUUCAACACAAUUAAACUCGAAUCAGAAUGAUUUAUCAACCGAAAGUUUUACUGGACCAAGUGGUAUUAACGCUAAAAUGGGUGCAUUAAUGUCUACGUCGUCCUCUAUUACUUCUUCUGCAGGAACAAAUGGUGGAACAAGUGCUGGCGCAAUUCAACAUCUGUCAGCCUUGUCAAAUGUUAGUCUACAAUUGUCCGGUUUACAUCGUUUAGCUCAACUAAUUAUUUCUGCUGGAGGUUCAAAUAAUAUGUCGGUUGAUUCAUUAAAUCAUUCACUUCAAAGUCUCGGUUUUCCCGAUCAACAUGCAGCUGAUAUUGUUCAAGCAAUUGGAACGCUAAUUAAUUUUGGUUUAAUAACAAUUAACAUGACAACUACAGCAAAUCCAUUUUCUUCGCCUACGUUACAAUCGCCACAACAAUUAUUUACCACAACAUUGCUCCAGGGAUACGCCACUAAUAUACAGAAGGAUCGAAAUGAUAGUUAUUCAGCUGAUAUGGACUUUAAACGUUUCAAACCAGAUCAGCGAAAACCAAAACGUUGA